AUGGCCGGCGGAAGGGGCGGGCGACCGCUCGGGGCACUACAAAGCAAGGGGCGCCGGAGGCGCCUUGGUUUUCUAAUAUUGAUCAGGCGCAUUUCAACAGGUACAGACAGAAGGUAUCAAUCCUCAGCGGGUUAUGAUGUUGGUUUCGCUAAAGCUAGUAGUAUGCUGAUGGUUAUUGAACAUAAAAAAGAAGAUGCAAUUGAAGAAUGUGAAAAUAUUACAGAAGCAGAUCUUGAAAUGGAAAAAACUACUUUGGAAGAGGAAACAUAUAAUACUCAAAGUGAACACGUAAACGAUAAAGAAAACUCUCCAUCUCAAGUUCGUGUAACUGGAAUAGAACCAGAACAAGAGCAGAUAGAUCACGAUUUUGACGAAGGUAAGGUGCAGCUAAUGCAAAAUUCGAGUGGGUUUUAUUUUUCAAUUUGUCAUACAUAUUCUGAUUCGUCUUGUUCAGCUAAUCACGAAUAUCACCUUUAAAAUAUUUAAAAGUCCUUUUUUCAUGGA